CUGGUUCGUGUCCCUCCCAAUAAGAGGCUCGGGGGGAAACCAGAGAAACAAACAGUCCGCCCGAGGAUCAGUGCGCUGUGAGUUCCGUAUUGAAAGGCGUUUUAAAGGCUCCAGCAUGUCGGUGAGGAAAGUUGCGCUUGUGACGGGCUCGAACAAGGGCAUCGGGCUGGCGGUGGUGCGCGCGCUGUGCCAGCAGUAUGACGGAGAGGUGUACCUGACCGCGAGAGAUGUGGCGCGCGGGACGGCGGCCGUGGAGGGUCUGAAAGCGGAAGGACUGAAAGCGCUUUUCCGCCAGCUGGACAUCACGGACCCGGAGAGCGUGCGCGCGGCACGUGACUUCUUCAAAGCGGAGUACGGAGGCGUCGACGUGCUUGUAAACAACGCAGGGAUCGCCUUCAAAGUGGCUGAUGUAACGCCGUUUGGGAUCCAGGCUGAAGUGACACUCAAGACUAAUUUCUUCUCCACCAGAGAUAUGUGCAACGAGUUCCUACCUGUCAUCAAGCCAGGAGGAAGGGUGGUGAAUGUUUCCAGUGUCAUGGGUUCCAUUGCUCUGAGCCGCUGCAGCCCGGACCUCCAGGCUCGCUUCCGCAGCGAUGACAUCACCGAGGAGGAGCUGGUGGGGCUAAUGGAGCGCUUUGUGAAGGAUGCUCAGGAGGGAGCUCACACCCAAAGAGGCUGGCCUGACACCGCGUAUGGUGUAUCCAAGACCGGCCUGACCACCCUGACCAGGAUCCACGCCCGGAUACUGACGCAGAACAGAGCUGCGGAUCAGAUCCUGUGCAAUGCCUGCUGUCCAGGCUGGGUCAGGACUGACAUGGCAGGGCCAAAUGCCACAAAGUCUCCAGAUGAGGGUGCCAUUACUCCAGUCUAUCUGGCUCUGCUGCCACCUGGGGCCAAAGAACCUCAUGGGCAGUUUGUGUCAGAAAAAACAGUGCAGCCGUGGUGAGCAUGUGUGUGUGUGCUUGACCAUUAGCCACUUUGAUUAUAAAAGUAUUCAAUAAUAAUAAUCUAUUAUAUAAUCUCGAUUGCAGUUUGAAAGUGCUUUAGCUGCUGACUAUAAAUGACAUUACAUGAGGGGUAAUUUCUUAUUUUUCGAUACAUUAGGUACUGAGACUUUAUCAUUAGAACACGGCUUGGCAUCUAUGCUGAAUUUAAAAAAAAAAAAAAAGCUGAUAAGAGGAUUGAUUAGAUUUAUUGAUUGAAAGACAAAUGAACAUAUAAUUAUUAACAUGUGCCUUAUUCUGCUUAUGGUUAAUAUGUUGAUGAUUACACCAAUUUGUCCACGUUUAUCACCAUCACCAAUUAAUGAUUAUUAUUUAUGGCUUGUGGAUUAUAAAUUAAAAUAAAAUAAAGAA